GUAUAAAUUUGUUACUUAAUGCUUUAAAUAUAUGUGCAGUGAGAGUAUACUUUUCUUUUUGAGUUGAUCACUAUUAGCCACCUUUUAUCUUCGUGAAGAAAAUCUUGAUAAAGAAGGAAAUCGCGAUAGGAAAAAGGAUUUCCAUGUGGUGGGAAAAAGAAUCCACAUUGUGAAAGGUGGGGCAAGUGGCAACUGAAGAAAAAACGGAAAACCAAAAGCGAAAAUGAUUGGCAUUGAAAGUAGCAGGUGAAAGUUGGGGAGGAGGAAAAUCUGUUGAAGAUGAGCUGGUGAACGGUUUUCUAUCUCGGUUGUGCUGAUAGUGACAGCAAAAAGUGGCCCUGCAAGAUGCUGGAUAAGCUUUGGAGGAUGUUGUAAAUGGUGGUUCACGAGUGUUGACGCGUUGAAGGUAGUAAUGAGUUUUUCAAGAUGGAUUAGGACCACCGAGAAGCGGAUGCAGGAUCGGCAGCCAGCAAUUGAAGGAAAAUGGAUUUGGUGGAAAGCAUCCAGUGGUUUCCGUUUGAAUGAAUAACUGUGAGUGUGGGCCCCAGCCAAAACCCUGAGGCAAUCUUCCCAUCAGAGGAAAGAAAUUUGUGGGAUUUUUCGGAAGAGUUCACCCGCCAUCAUUCGGAAUGUGCAGUGUGUCAGAAACCAGGGCGACAAUGUGUAAAUCUGGGAAAAAUUGAUAAUUGGAAAAUUCAAGAAGACUGAUCAGUGGGAAAUUUUCACUUGUUGGAAAAUCUUGUAGGAGUGAAAAACGAGAAAAGUGUGCAGCACACGGGAAAUAGCGUGAGCGUUGGCUUGAAAAGUGAGCAGAGCAGGAGAGCCGAAGCUUUGAAGGAUUGAAGCAGAAGCUAAGUUGAGAGCUGAGAGUACGGUGCAGUUGGAGUUUGGAAGCCCCUGGAGCUUAUCGGAAGAAACAAGGGCUCCUACCGCUAGUGAGUGUGGUGCGUUCGAUAAAUUCUCACGCUCGUACGGUGUGUAUGUGCGGGCUAGGAUUUGCAUCCCAAUCAACGAAAAUGUGCCGUGAAUCCGGAGUGAUUACUGAUAAUGAUCGAUUCGAAAGAAGUGAUCGUUUGCUAUGAAUCGUCAUUACCAUUCGAAAUAGCCACAUCAAUCGAGCCUAUCAAGAUGCAGCCAUCAACUCCAUUUUCAUCAGCUGAGGCGUAAAAAUCGUUUCAUAAACAACCAAACGUGAAAAGUAUCGCUCAUCAAAAAUCCUGCUGAAAAACCGAUACGGAGCAAGUGAGAAGAAAAAUCCUGCAGCCUACAUUCAGAAUUUCCAAUGUGCAUUUCCACUCGGUCCAACACAUCCGGUGACAGUGGCUGCAGAUCCAUCAGCACCACCACCAUCAUCAACGCCCUCAUCAUCAGCGGGAGUAGCAACGGCAGCAGUGACCCGAGGGCGAUAAUUAGCGCCGGAAAUAUCAGACCCAGCGGAAAUAGUUGUUGCUGGAGCAGUCGUCGGCGCUGGGGUGGUUAUAAAAUUGAUUGGAAUUCUCGCUUCCAUCAGCUAUUACUGGGCGUCAGCGGGUCAGAGUCAGCCGGUUUGAAGUCAUGAGAUUUCCAUCAUUCGGAAGCGAUUGCAACGCGAACCGGAACAACAGCUACCACAGACGCAGUCAGCAUCACCGGUGGACGAGGAACGAAGCUGGAUAUUGAUCGAUAUUAGACCAACAAUACCCAGAGGAAGUGGAAAACUACGUUCCGCUGGGAGUGCGUGACGAAGUCAGGAAUUAUUUCUUUUCGACUGAUACAAACUACAGGCACUACUACUCGUAGGAUUUCGAUACUGGCACAGGUCUCGAAAAUUACAUUAGGCACACAAAACCACGUACUGCCAAGCUUUGAUCCGUCUAGGCAACUUGGAAUUGGUCCCCGGAUCUCUACGCGCCUUAGAGAGAUAGAGACAUACACACAUAAACACGCUCACGUUCACCGAAUAGCACAUGCAGGCUCACUAGGAUUCCAUUUUCGUGAAUCAGGUGUAAAGCAAGAGACCAGAAGCUCACUGACGUACGAAAAAGUUAUCGCACCAAGACGUUUCGACCCCGCAGUGGUGCUCUAGAAUCGACACGUAGCACUCAACGGACAACUAUGCGAAUAAAUAACCAAACUCUCAACCGAUAAACUUGAACGUAAAUAUCGUUUAAGUGUUGUACAGUAAACUCUAAUUGGAUUUAAAAGUAAAUGAUAUUGAUUAAUGAUAAAAAUGACAAGCAUAGUAUAUUACUCGUAAAGAUUGAAAUAAAAAAGUUUCAUAAACAAAGACAUGUUUGCUGCAAUUCAAUAAUAAUAUCAAUAGUACUUCAACAAAUUUUCAACAAAUUGAAUUAAUAUUAAUAAAAGAUAACCAUAAAGGAAAGGAAGUUUAAUCCAUCUUAAUAAUAAAGCAAAAAAAGUUCGAAUAAUGUUUGGAAAACUCAAUAAUAAACAGAGAAACCUAUCAAUGAAGAAUAAACAUCAACUAAUAGCAUAUUGUUAUUAAAAGUAUUUAAAAAGCGAAUCAUAACUACUUAAGGACACAAGUAAUAAUAUCAUUAGCGUAAAUCUAACAAAUUUCAUGAAAUAAACAAAACUAACCGAACCCGAAAAGCGGAAAAUACCAACCGCUACAAGCAUCCGCUUCGGAGGACGAACAAUAGCCAACAACCAGAAGCAAAACAGCAGCAAAAGCUCAACAAUAAAAACAAAACCCUUCUGAAGGAAAACCGCAACACUGACUCGGAGGAAGAGAAAACGAAAACGCAUAAAACCGUAGAUAAGAAGAGGAAGUCUCGCUCUCUCACUCAUCCACACUCACUAAUCGCGUCACACGCCAUUCAUCGUCAUUAUUAUCGUAACCGUUGUUGUCGUCGUUGACCGUCAUCCGUAGUCGUCAUCUGCAAUCGUGAUCGCCGGUAGUCAGGAGCAACGUCGUGCCAUUCACGACGAAUACUUCGUGAACAAACACCGUAGUGGCUGAGGAACGUUGAGGGCAUCAACAGCUGCGUAAUCACCGCAGAGCCGAAAUGAAGAAAAUUCUGGUGAUUGUGAUCAAGAUGAUCAAAAUGAUCUCCAAGAUCAUCAUGCUCAGCCGGUAUCACAACUUUCGGUGCUACAAGCAGCUGCGGCUGUACAAGUGGAUCAUCGUGUUAAUGUUGAUCGUCAACUCCGUGAUGGUGUGCCAGGCUGGAAUUUACGAGAAGCGGUUGCUGCACGACCUGCUGGAUACCUACAACACCCUGGAGCGACCGGUGGUCAACGAAUCCGAUCCCCUACAGCUUAGCUUCGGACUGACGUUGAUGCAAAUUAUUGACGUGGACGAAAAGAAUCAACUGCUCGUGACAAACAUAUGGCUGAAGCUAGAAUGGAAUGAUAUGAAUUUAAGGUGGAACACAUCGGAAUAUGGUGGUGUCAAAGAUCUACGAAUACCACCGCAUCGAAUUUGGAAACCAGAUGUUUUGAUGUACAACAGUGCUGAUGAAGGCUUUGAUGGCACAUAUCCAACGAAUGUAGUCGUGCGCAAUAAUGGUUCUUGUUUGUAUGUGCCACCAGGAAUCUUCAAAUCAACAUGUAAAAUAGAUAUAACGUGGUUUCCAUUUGAUGAUCAAAGAUGUGAAAUGAAGUUUGGUAGUUGGACAUAUGAUGGUUUCCAGUUAGAUUUACAGCUGCAGGACGAAUCGGGGGGAGAUAUCAGUAGUUUCGUGACGAAUGGGGAAUGGGACCUUCUGGGUGUCCCGGGAAAGCGUAACGAAAUCUACUACAACUGCUGUCCGGAGCCUUACAUCGAUAUCACAUUCGCCAUCAUCAUUCGGCGGCGGACGUUGUACUAUUUUUUUAAUUUGAUCGUCCCGUGCGUGCUGAUAGCGUCGAUGGCACUGCUCGGAUUCACACUACCGCCGGAUUCCGGAGAGAAGUUAUCAUUAGGUGUAACAAUUUUAUUAUCAUUGACUGUAUUUUUAAACAUGGUUGCUGAAACAAUGCCAGCCACGUCGGAUGCUGUUCCACUUUUAGGCACAUAUUUUAACUGCAUCAUGUUUAUGGUUGCAUCAUCCGUUGUUUCGACAAUUUUAAUUUUAAAUUACCAUCAUAGGAAUGCGGACACUCACGAAAUGUCUGAUUGGGUUAGAAUCAUAUUUUUAUAUUGGCUGCCAUGUAUUUUAAGAAUGAGCCGACCGGGUAGAUCAUUAUCAGUGGAAUAUCCGCCAACGCCAACGUCGGAUAGUUCCGAACGGAAAACGCACAUACAGGACGUCGAACUGAAAGAGCGAUCAUCGAAGUCGUUACUAGCGAACGUAUUAGAUAUAGAUGAUGACUUUCGUCACAACUGUAGACCACUAACCCCCGGAGGUACACUGCCACAUAAUCCAACGUAUUUCAGGACUGUUUAUAGUAGCGAUGAUGGAAGUAUGGGACCGAUCGGAAGCAAUCGAAUGCCAGAUGCAAUCGCGCCACCACACACGUGUUUCACAUCAUCCGCUGAUUACGAACUAGCUUUAAUAUUAAAAGAGAUACGUUUUAUCACCGAUCAGAUACGGAAAGAAGACGAGGACAGCGACAUCGCGAAGGAUUGGAAGUUCGCAGCAAUGGUAGUUGAUAGAUUGUGCCUUAUAAUUUUCACGUUUUUCACAAUAGUGGCAACCAUAGCUGUUCUAUUUUCGGCACCACACAUCAUCGUUUCGUAGCCAUAUGGAAAAGGUUAUUGUUAUUGGUUUUACCAUAAAAUCAAUUUGUUAUUCAUUAAAUUAUUGUCGAGACUUUUUAAAUGAAUUCCAAAACCAAACACUGAGCGUAAAUGUGUGUGAGUACGACAAACGGUAGUGUGUAAUCUGAGUAAAACUAAAAAAAAAGUUACAAACAAACAAAUGCGGAACAGCGAAAUGGUGCUGCGUUAGAACGGAACAAAUUAAUUUAAACAAAAUCAAGAAAAUCGCUAGGAAAAAAAUAGAUAAAUACAAACAAACGGUAAGCGAGUAAGCGAACAAAAAAAUUGUUUAGGUUUUUCGAAAACGAUCGUUGCAUUUCUUCCGAAUCGAAAGUCAUUUCCACCGAAUCUCGAAGCAACAGCCUUUCCGUUGAAAUAUCCACCUGUUUUGGCACAAACGAAUUUCUCUGCAUAGAAGCUCAUAUACUCAUGCAAUAAACCAAAAAACCGCCUCAUAAGCUCCCAUCGCAUAAAAAGUACGUAACACUUAGUUUAAGAGCUUCGGAAGGAAACGAUAAGUUUCUAAUUUUAUUCAAGCGAGGAAUACGUCAAUCGUGAUGGGAACAUCAUAGUUAAUUAAUUUUUCAAGCUAGGGUCAAAAGCAAUAAUUUAGAGAGUGCGAGAACCGAAGAAGAGACAAGAAAAUGAACAGCCCAUCAAUUCCAAAAGGUAGCGAUCAGGCUUACUAUCAUAGGUUCAAUGACGGACGCAACGGGAACAAAUUAAUUCAAUAACAUUCUAGAGCGGAAUGGCUUCGUUUGAAUAAUGUUAACGUAUGGAGAAAUUAUACUGAGUUUUGUUGGCGCUACCCGAACCGAGUGAAAAAGAAAUUCAAAUAGUGCAAAAUAUGGUAACCCCUAAUUCUAUUUAGAAUACAGUCAGAGUAUCAUCCGGAAAACAUUAAGGUCCUCUUGAAAUCUAACUAAGGAGACCCAAGAAAAUAAAUAUUUACUUAGAAUUUCUACAUUCAUCCUCUUCGGAAUUCCACCGGCAUUAUUUUCAAGAUUCUAUCGUAAUCCUAUGCAGGGCUGCAUCGAAAUCCAUUUCUGGACUCCAUCAUCGGAGUCCUAUUCAAUCGGAGUCCUGUUUAGGAUUUCACCUGUUUCUCAUUCAUAAUUCCGCCGGUGUCGUAUUCUGGGCGCCAUAAGAGUCCUAUUCAGGAUUCCUUUGAAGUCCUAUCAGGACUCUACUGGAGUCCUAUUCAGAACUCAUUCAAAGCUCUAGUCAGGAUUUCAUCGCAGUUUAAUUUUGGAACCCAUAAGCGUCCUAUUCGGGAGUUCAUCGGAGUUAUAUCCAUAUGAUUCUUCCGGAGUUCUAUUCAGGACUACAGCAGAGUAUCCUUCAGGACUUCACAACAGUCCUAUUCAAAGCUCUAUCGAAGCCCUAUUCAAGGCUUCAACUAAUCCUUAUUCAUGCCCUAUUCCGGUUUCUCCUGGAUCUUCAUUCAGGUUUCCACUGAAAUCCUAUUCAAGACUUCAUCGGAACACUGUUCAGGAUUCUUUCAGGUUCAAGAUUCUUUC